AUGAGGCCCGAUAUUUCUUGCUCCAUGGCCCGCAUGAUAUUCGGGCUCGAACUGAGGCCCUAUCUCGGCCACGUCACAGUCCCGUGCCACAUCAUCCUGAGCUCCAAUGACUUUAUGGUCCCAGUUGCGGUGGGGGAGUACCUCCGCAAGAACUUGGGAGGUCCAUCGGUUGUGGAGGUGAUGCCGACCGAGGGUCACCUGCCGCACCUCAGCUCGCCGGAGGUCACAAUCUCGGUGGUGCUUCGCCACAUACGACAUGACAUCGCGGAUCAGUGA